AUGUCUCCUUCCCUAAGGAGCAAAAAGGAGUGGGACCAACCAAAUAGGACCAACCACACAUCCCUUUGCUUCCCUGUUGCAGCUGCUGGAUCACAGGGGAUCCCCGAAUUCCCGCAGACGCUGGCAAGGGUCUCAGCAUCUCCUGGCGCCACUGUCAACAUCAGCUGCAACAUUCCAGAAGGGACUUUUGUGUCAGUAGUGAGCUGGUACAAAGAGGAACAGGAAGGGAGACUGCAUAAGAUUGCAGAGAAUUAUACCGCUCAAAAACCAGGAGCAAAAUCCCCAAGCCAAGUGAAUCUGACCCGACACAACAUCCAGGGAAGAGAUUCUGGGGUGUAUUACUGUGCUGGAGCUAUUGCUCAUAAAUUCACCUUCCUGAGUGGGGUGAGGCUGAUCGUCUUAGGUCCUUCUGGGCCAAGACUUUCCCUCCUUGCUCCUUCCACUGCAGAAGACGCUGAGCUCUCCCACCACCUUCCCCUCCUCUGCCUCCUGAUUGACGCAAACCCUGAUGAGGAUACUUUCUCCUGGGAUAUUGGUGGGGAAACCUCUCAGGACCGGAAGGAUGGUGACGUGAUCGAUGGGGAAGGAGCCUUCACCGUUUGGAGUCUGAAGCUGAUUCCUCCAGAGAGAUGGAGCCAAGGGAUGGCUUAUUCCUGCUCAGACCAGGAGAAAAGAAACAUCAGUGCAGUGGUCCCUUCGAACGCAGCUUCUACAACCCAAGAGGACUGCAGGAACAUAUUGCUGACUGGGAUACCCUGUUUAGUCAUCCUCCUGCUGAUUCCCCCUUUGGUCGUGCUCUGCAGAAAACUUCGAUCUGGAGGGAAUGCAGAUGCACCAGAAAAUCGACUGCCCAUGAGGGAGACCCCACAGACCGAAUAUGCAGAAGUCCGAUGCAAGAAAUGAAUAGUCCCGUUCAGACCAAUCAGAACAGUCAAGUGGUUAAAAAAAGCAUGGUUUAUUAGAAGGAGAGACAGAAGGAAGACAAUCAAAUGCCAGAAGUUUAAUAUAUUUUCCUCCCCA